CAGUCGACACGAGUCCGACUCGUGACUCGUCUACGAGUCUACGACAAAACUCCCCUGUGAUAAUCUCGUUUGACUCUCGAUUUAAUUUCCUUACUCGCGAAGCAAAUCUCACAUUAUUAUUGAGUAGUCUCUCUCCAGCUCCUCUCCACUCUCACUAAAACAAUGGAGCAGUCUCUGCUUUCAGAAGAGCAACGAAAUGGAUCAGAGGAGAAGUCGAGUGAGAACUGGAGCUCGUACCAGUACGUGGGGAGAUCCGGCUCUGUGAUUCCGACGGCUUCGUUGGCCGGAACUGAAGUCAGCGUCGAAGAGAUACGAUCAGCGGCGGCUUCUGAGCACUACCCACCUUCUCUUCAUAGCGGUUUGGUUAGUUCGCCGGAGCCUGAUCUCGAUGAGCAAUCUGUUGUUUACCAAGGUGGAUAUGGAGGAGGUGCUGGCAGCACCACAAGUGAGUUUCAUAGGCAAACACUGGAUGAAGUAGAGAUACGAGAGUUGCUCAUUGAUCAUGUUGGCCAUAGAUGCUGUUGGGGAAGUCGUCCUGCUCGCACCUGGAAAAUUGAAAGAGUGGAAGAUUGCAACGUUUAUGUGGGAACACUAGAGACCUUCAUUGAAGAAAGGGAAACUGUAAGAGAAACAGAGCCAUACCUUGUUGGCAGUAUUGAUGGAAGGGAUAAGGGACCCGAACUGGGAGUCUGGGAAUUGGAUUUGAAGUCCCAAUUUCCUGUUUUAUUUAUACCUCAUAAAGAAUCACGGGAGAUAAUUCCUCAUUCAGAGUCCGUUGCGAAAUGCUCAGGUUGUGCAGGGCGAGGGGGUACCUUCUGUCCUAAAUGCAAUGCAAAUCAAGAACCUGGAUUCUACAAAGAGAACCAGAUGGCUCAGUGCUCUGCUUGUCAUGGAAGGGGCUUACUUGCUCAUAAAGAUGGAUCUGACUCAAUAUGUGUGACUUGCAAUGGCAAGGGACAGAUUCCUUGUGCAACAUGUGGAUCUCGUGGUCUAGUUAAAUGUUUGACAUGUGAAGGAAGCGGUUCUCUUCGGUCCCGCAAUGUUGCCCUUGUUAGAUGGAAGACACUUUUAACUAGAAAGGUAAGUGCAACAAGCGGAGCAGCAUCUGUUCCCGAUGAUGUUUUCCACAGAGCCAAAGGGGUCCAGUUGUGCAACACCCAGGCGCAUCAAUGCACUCCAGCCUUCUUUGCCGACUCUUAUUUCCUCAACAAGUUCUCAUCGGAAGUCAUCGCUGACAGAGCUCCUGUGCCCCUCUCUGCAAGGGUCAUAAGCGAAAGGCACACCAUAUCCGUAGUUCCAGUGACACGUGUCACAAUGGCUCAUCGCAACCGAUUAUUCAGUUUCUACAUCAUUGGGUUUAGCAGGGAGGUGUAUCUAAAGGACUACUAUCCCUCUCGGUUUUGCUGGGGCUUGUGCCCGUGCUUGGAGUGGUUGAAGUUGUAGACGUUGCAGAUAUACGUCUUCAAGAGUCGCACAACUCUACUGUAUAUCAUCAUCAUCCUAUCAUAUUUGUGAGUGAUUUACUCGUUCUGGUGAGAAUAAAAUAAUGUUGCUACUUGAGUGUGGAAAAAUUUGAAAAGUACUGCGGAAUAAUAUACUACUUGUGUAUGAAUUUGUCUUCACUGUAAAGUCUAUUGUAGAGUCGUUUGUUACCGUGUGUCAAGGUCUUGAAUACUAUGAAAAUGGAAGUUUGCCAAA